AUGUCCAAAAUCGAUAACACUCAGCUCCACCAAAGCCAAAACCCUCAGGAACUAUUCGACUCUUACAUGGACGAUAGAUUCAACUGGAGAAACUCGAAAAUCUUGCGAGAACUAUUCGUAUUCAUCACUUCCAUAAUCGCUUUGAUCGGAAUCAUCUUCUGGAUCCUAUAUCCAAAUCACUGCAUGAGCCUUUAUAACCCUUUUACAAACAUCACUAAUACUAUAGAAAAAGAGGCGAAAAUCCCAGCCAUAGUUUGGUAUACGAGCGACUUUUUGUGCUUACCUUUUAACAGGAAAAUCAAUUGCUCCAAUGGUUCUAGAAAAUUCCAGUGCGAGUUGUUUCGACCCCAGACGCAACCAGACGAUGCAAUGGGAUACCUUUUCGAUGCUGCUGCGUUAGAGGCUAUGCCUUUACCGAGGACGCCAAAAACUGUUUGGGGUCUCCUUCAUUACGAGUCUCCGGUUUCAAGAAUAAUGUUCAUGUACGAAGAAGCUCUGAAUCUGUUUAACUUCUCUGCAACAUACAGCCGGUAUAGUGAUGUCCCUUCGCCAUUUAUGUGGAUGGAAAAUGAAUUCAGUAUAACGACGCCUAUGUACUUCGUUCCGACAGCUGAGAAAAACUCUUACCUAUCCAAAUAUGCCCCAGUUCUGUACCUGCAGUCGAAUUGCAAUAGUGCUACGGAACGCGACGCGUAUGUCCAGAAAUUAAUGCAGUACAUCAAGGUUGACUCCUAUGGUUUUUGUCUUCACAACAAAGUGUUGCCUUUAGGGAAAAUGUAUGGCCUUCCAGAGGAAAGCCAAUAUACUUACAUGAACCACAUUUACGGUCAAGAAUUGCUAAAAUUCAUAGCGAGGUACAAAUUUGUUAUAUCCAUUGAGAAUGCAGUGUGUAACGAUUAUGUGACGGAGAAAUUCUGGCGCGCGAUCGAAGUGGGAACAGUCCCGAUCUACUACGGCUCACCGCUGAUCAGGGACUGGCUGCCGAACAACAAGUCGGCCAUACUGCUGGAGGACUUCCCCACGCCGGAGCUGCUCAGCCAACACCUGCACUACCUCCUGAACAACGACACCGCGUACGAAGAAUACCUCGAGCAUAAGACUCUAGCGUUAGUAACAAACCCGAACCUAUUGAACGAAUUUGGUGCGAAUUAUUUUCAAAGGGAUAUUACCAAAAUUAUAGCAAAUCUGGAAUGUUUAGUGUGUGAAAGACUGCACGAAGACAGUGAUAGAGUGAACAUAGUGACGAAAAAACACUAUGACUGUCCCUUGCCCACGUCAGCAUUGACUCUAUCGGUGAAUCCGGAUAAUCUGUGGAUGAAACGCAUAAAGGAAGCUAAAUCUACCCUAGAUGAAAUGAUUGAGGAAAUUAAGAAUCCUGAUCCUAACAUUCGAACGACCAAGACUGCUUGGCUAUCAUAUAGAUGGUGA